AUGGAGAACUGUCUAACUCUCAUUUUUUUGUCUUCUGUGAUCAAACUCACCACAGCUGGAAAUGUGAGGCUGGUGGAUGGUAGUAAUUCCUGUGCUGGUAGGGUGGAGGUUUAUUACAGUGGAGAAUGGGGAACCGUGUGUGAUGAUUAUUGGGAUUUGACAAACACUGCAGUGGUGUGUAGAGAGCUGGGCUGUGGCGAAACUUCAAACACAAUGCGUGCUGCUCACUUUGGACCAGGAUCAGGAAAAAUCUGGAUGGAUAAUGUGAUAUGUAGUGGAUCUGAGUCCUCAAUAUUUGAUUGCUCAAAAAAAAAAAUGGGUGACCAUAACUGUGAGCAUAGUGAAGAUGUUGGCAUUAUCUGCUCAGGCAUCAGGCUUGUUGGAGGUUCUCGCUGCUCUGGGAGAUUAGAGGUGCCUCAUGGGAACACAUGGUACACAGUCUGUGCCGCUGCCUUUGACCAGCAGAAUGCAGAGGUUGUGUGUAGAGAGCUGGACUGUGGGGCUCCUGUACAGGUGCUGGGAGCAGCUGCUUUUGGCAAAGGAGACGCUCAGAUGUGGACACAAGAGAUUCAGUGCAGAGGAAAUGAGUAUCAGUUUGCUCUUUGUCCAGCAUCACCUUUACAAUUUUGUUCCCAUGAGAACGAUGUGAGCGUUGCAUGUGCUGAAACAGUGAGAUUAGUAGGUGGUAACAGUCGCUGUGCUGGUAGAGUGGAGGUUCUUCAUAGAGGUCAGUGGGGAACAGUGCAUGAUGUUGGCUGGGAUUUGCCUGAUGCUGCAGUGGUGUGUAGAGAGCUUGGCUGUGGAGAGGCUUUAACUGCACCAAAGAGUGCUCACUUUGGAGAAGGAUCAGGAAGAGUCUGGGUUUCAAGUUUACAGUGUACUGGAUCAGAGUUUACAUUGACAAGCUGUAGAUUCAAUGGAUGGGGAAUAGAAGCUAAUCAUGCUGAAGAUGCUGGAGUCAUCUGCUCUGGAGUCAGGCUGGUUGGAGGAUCUCGCUGUUCUGGCAGAGUAGAAGUGCCUCAUGAUCAGACGUGGAUGUCAGUGUGUGCCGCUGCCUUUGACCAGCAGGAUGCAGAGGUUGUGUGUAGAGAGCUGGACUGUGGGGCUCCUGUACAGGUGCUGGGAGCAGCUGCUUUUGACAAAGGAGACGCUCAGAUGUGGACACAAGAGAUUCAGUGCAGAGGAAAUGAAUCCUAUAUAUCUUUGUGUCCAACAUCAUCUUCUCGCAAACAAAAUUGCACCCAUGAGAAUGCCAUUGGACUGUUAUGUUCUGGUUACACUGACCUCAGACUAGUCAAUGGUCCUGAAAUCUGUUCUGGUCGAGUUGAACGUCAGUACUUCAGUAAAUGGGGCACAGUGUGUGAUGCAUGCUGGAAUAUGAGAGCUGCCAGUGUCCUCUGUAGACAGCUGAAUUGUGGGAUUGCUGUGUCUGUUGUGGGAUCAGACUGGUUUGGAGAGGGAAGUGGUGAAAUCUGGGCUGAUGUGUUUGAUUGUGACGGGAAUGAAACAAAACUCUCAGAAUGUUCCAUCUCUUCAUGGAGUCGAGCUGAAUGUUCACAUAGACAAGAUGUUGGAGUCAUCUGCUCUAGUUCCUCUCUGGCUCUUCAUGAUGGUCUGGUGCGGUUAUCUGGAGAGAGACAGUGUGAGGGGGAGGUGGAAGUUUUCAUCCAUCAGGUCUGGAGGAGAGUUCUGCUGGACUCCUGGAGUCUCACUGAAUCCUCUGUGGUCUGCAGACAGCUGGGCUGUGGCUCUGUGCUGAACUUCUACGGCUCCUCUUCAUCCAGUCCUGAACACAGUCAUGAGUGUGUGACGGGCUUCCAGUGCUCUGGGAGUGAAGCUCAUCUGGGGAACUGCAGCUCUCCACAAACUCUCAACUGCAGCUCCACACAACAGCUGUCAAUCACCUGCCUUGGUCACAGGUCCAUCAGGCUGGUGGGUUCUGGGGGAGACUGUGCAGGGAGGCUGGAGGUUUUUCACAGCGGCUCAUGGGGGACAGUGUGUGACGACUCCUGGGAUAUUAAAGAUGCUCAUGUGGUGUGCAGACAGCUGCAGUGUGGAGUGGCCCUCAGUAACCAGCAGGUACCAGCCUGGUUUGGUCCUGGUUCUGGACCCAUAUGGCUGGAUGAGGUGGAGUGUGAGGGGAAUGAGACGUCCCUGUGGAGCUGCUCUUCUCCAGGCUGGGGAAAACAUGACUGUCAACACAAGGAGGAUGUAGGAGUCGUGUGCUCAGAGUUUAAGGAGAUCAGGUUAACUGAGGGCUGUGAAGGGAAUGUGGAGGUUUUCUAUAAUGGAUCCUGGGGUAAUGUAUGUUACAACAAGAUGGACAGAGACACAGCAAGUCUGAUUUGUCAAGAGCUGAACUGUGGAAGAUCUGGUGAUUUUUCUGAUCGAGUGAAAUCAGCUCCUAACUGGCUGGAUAAAGUUACAUGUCGUCCACAUGAUUCCACUUUAUGGCAGUGUCCAUCUUCAUCAUGGGGACAGAAUGACUGCGGUGAAGAUGAAGUGGCCAAAAUCACCUGCUCAGAGGAGGAAACUCGUGAGUCGCCUCAGAGUCGUCUGACAUGUUUUACCUCACCAUCUCCUUACCAGAGACAGUGUGCAAAUCAUGUUCCUCUCAGACUGAUUGGAGGGGAGGGCCAGUGCUCUGGGAAGCUGGAGGUGUAUCAUAACGCUGUGUGGGGCUCAGUCUGUGAUGAUCAGUGGGACAUCAGCGAUGCUCAGGUGGUCUGCAGGCAGCUGGGUUGUGGAGCAGCACUGAGGGCUGAUGGGAAUUCAACAAUUAGUGCUGGUGAAGGUGUUGUGUGGCUGAACAAAGUUGAAUGCAGAGGGAAUGAGAUUCACCUGUGGGACUGUCCUCUCUCCCUGAAUAACCACACUGACUGCUCCCGCAAAGAGCACGCUGGACUCACCUGUGCAGGUUUGCCAGAUGUGUUAGUGUCCACUACUCCUGCCACAACAACAUCAGCUUCUCCUCCAGUUUCUCCUCCAGUGCGCUCAACAUCAGUCGCUCCUCCACAAACUCCCCCAGCAGCGUCUCUCUCCGUCCCCCCAGUGCUUGUGAUUGUACUGGGAGUUGUGCUCUUACUGCUCUUAGUGCCACUGCUUAUACUGAUUCAGCAGAACAGAGUGAUGAGGAGAGCUCUCUCUAAGAGGAGACACAGGACGACGACUGAGGCCGUUUAUGAGGAGAUUCAACACAGACACAAUCACUUCACUCAGAGGGAAUUCCUGACAGAAAACCACAGAGCUGCAGGUGCAUGUUUAUACGACAGUGGCCCUUGUCCAGAAGACAGACAUGAGAGCUAUGACGAUGUCACGACGAGCGAACAGAACUCUGAUAUUAAAAAAGUGGACACACUAGAUUAUGAUGAUGUCAUCAUUAUUGGACAGCACUUUCAAGGUGUAACGAGUGAGUCACACAGAACUGCAAUUUAA